AUUUCUCUUGCGGGAUCUGGCAACAUCGAGUUUCUGGCCUUACGAAUCAACAUCAGCUUCCUGAGGUCCGUUUCAAACACGCAGCUGGACAAAAAUGGCUGGUCACAGACUGGUCCUCGUGUUAGGUGACCUGCACAUUCCCCACCGAUGCAACACCCUGCCUGCCAAAUUCAAAAAAUUGCUGGUGCCUGGCAAGAUUCAGCACAUCCUAUGCACAGGAAACCUCUGUACGAAGGAGAGCUACGACUACCUGAAAACACUCGCCGGAGACGUCCACAUCGUCAGAGGAGACUUUGACGAGAACUUGAAUUACCCGGAGCAGAAGGUUGUGACUGUGGGGCAGUUUAAAAUCGGUUUGAUCCACGGACACCAAGUGAUCCCAUGGGGAGACAUGGCAAGCUUGGCACUGCUUCAAAGGCAGCUGGAUGUUGAUAUCCUCAUUUCUGGCCACACACACAAAUUUGAGGCUUUCGAGAAUGAGAAUAAAUUUUAUAUAAAUCCUGGAUCUGCAACAGGGGCCUAUAGUGCACUGGAAAGCAACAUCACGCCAUCAUUUGUUUUGAUGGACAUUCAAGCAUCCACAGUGGUAACGUAUGUCUAUCAACUUAUUGGAGACGACGUCAAAGUCGAGAGAAUCGAAUACAAAAAGUCUUAAAGGGCGAAGAUACUGUCCGCUGCCUUCUUUCAGGAUGCUAAUCAUGUCAUUCCCUCUCACCCGAAUGUCACCAUCAUACAAAUGCUGUAUCAUAACGUUACGCUAUAUUUUAAUGUAAUAUAUAAUACUGUUUAUAUGUCACCAGGAUGUCAUCGCUUGUGGUUUCAGCAGAUGGUUGUUUAAAUGCAAUAAUGCUGCAUUAUUCGCAUAUUAGAGAGAAUUAGUCUUAUAAAUAUGUUUUGUGCCCUAUUAAUUUUUCAAGGCCUAUGUUGAGUCAUCUUUCAUAAAAUAAAACCCCACAUCACAUGAGCAGUGUAACUUUGUUUUAUUUUUUUAUUUAAGAAAAACAAACACUUUUGACACUAUUAAAAUGACUGUUUUGAAAUGUC